AUGCGUUCCCUUCAAUCUUUAAAAGAAGAAUUACGCGCCCUGGAACAACAUUUUCCAAAACGUACCAACGCACCUUUUUCGAUAGUCAGUGCAUCUGUUGAUGACAUAACCAGUAUUUAUCGUGAUCCUACUAAUCAACGAUCAAUAUCAAUUUGCUGUAAAAUACUUGAAGUACCAAAUAAAUGUUUAUGGUAUACGGAAAGUGAUAAUAGGGAUGAUGUGCAAGAGCAAUUAACAACGAUAUUUGAUGAGUUAAAUUCGAAUACGUCGAACGAAACUCGCAGUGUCACAUUGCAACUUGAAUCGAUCAUUGAACGAUUGAAUGGCUUUUUCAAUGCUUCUAAUUUACCAUUGCCAAGUCAUUUGACAACAAAUUUAACAAGUCGAGUUGAACCGGAAGACUCCGGUGUUGAUCAAGAAGAAGAAGACGACGACGAUGAAACCGAACAACACCCAAAUCCCGAUCAGGAUCAAUGUUCACUGGAUGAUGAUGAAAAAGUUCCGCAAACUGAACAACUAACUGAAGAUAUAGACGGUAUAUCUUUAGAAAACUGGCAAUUGCUUCAAUCGCUGAAAUACAAACGCAUUAAUGAAGCUGCACAACGCAACCAUGAGAAAAUCUAUGCUAAUAAUAACAAUAAUAACACAUCGACAAAGAGAGAAAGUGCAUCGUCAUCAUCGUUGACAUCAUCUGUGCAAGCAACUGAUCGGUUAAUGAAAGAAUUAAGAGAAAUAUUUCGAUCUCAAGCUUAUAAAAAAGGAGAUUUUACUAUUGAAUUAGUGGAUGAGAGUCUGUAUGAAUGGAAUGUCAAAUUAUAUCAUGUUGAUAAAGAUAGCAAAUUAUACGCAGAUCUCGAAGAAAUGAAAACUUCCGAGAAAAAUUUAGAUAAACUAGAUCAUAUUUUAUUAAACUUCACAUUCAGUGAUAAUUACCCAUUUGCACCUCCAUUUGUACGUGUCAUCCGACCGAUAAUCACCGGUGGUCAUGUAUAUUCCGGAGCUAUAUGUAUGGAAUUACUGACUCGGCAAGGUUGGUCUUCUGCGUAUAGUGUAGAAUCGUUACUUUUUCAAAUAGUAGCCACAUUGUGCAAAGCAGAUGCACGUAUUGAUUUCAAUUCCCUGAACGAAACAUUCUCAUUGCAACGUGCUCAACAAGCCUUUCGUCAUAUAACGAAUGUACAUGAAAAAAGCGGAUGGUACACAGCACCAAAAGCCGAUGGAUAG